CGGCCUUCCAGGACCGGAAUUGAAGAACCCUGGUUUAGAGCAUAUUACUAUUUACGUGUAAAUAAAUUCAUGAAAUGGAGAAUGGAUUACACCAUUUGCUCAUUUAAUAUUCAUACAAAUUCGCUAUGCUGAAAUCUUGACGCACAAUCGAACGUGCUGCUGUAUGCUGCUAGCGACGCUGAACAGUUUGUUCAAGUUCACGCCAAAGGAGGGUAAAAAUAGAGACGAGCUCAGCCAUCCACAAAAAGAGUUGCGUGCUUCAAUUAGGUUUAAUGGCGGUUGGCAUCCAAUUUGUUGCAUUACCGCCACCUACUAGACUGGAGUACAACUCCCUUAUAUUUUGCUUGAAAAAUAAAAUAACCCGGCGCGCGCAAUGAAACAAUUUCACGCACGUCACAAUACGAUUGGGGACUAUUUCAGGUUGGGAGGUUUUUUUUUACAUGACACAUGGGGCGGGUUCUAACGAGUAUUCAGGCUGAUGAUUGGAGUAUUCAUUGCAGUGCGGUAUGCAGUGUAGGCACCAUCCAAUGAAAUCUAUGCCCAGCUGUAGAGGUGGAGCCUCCCGAAAAGAUCUGGUGAAAAACUUCCACUUCCACUGAGUAGGAGUUUAAAAUUGCCUCAUUAGGCGACAACUUUGACAGAAGAAGGCAGAGUUCGUCUCUCAAUUUCAAAAGAAAUAUGAAAAUACUUGGGUUUCUUCUUCUAUGGCUAGGUAUCACCACAGGAAUCAGGGGGGAACCUUCAGUGGACCAGUAUGGGUUGAAGGGGGGUUCAAUAUGUCUGGCUGUUCCAGAACCUCCUGAGAUGAUCAAAGGACUUAAAUGGAUGAGGAACAGUGAUGUAAUAGUUGGAGUCAAAGAGAUCUCUCCUAAAUACAAGGAGAAGGUGGACUAUAACGACGCAAACCAUUCUCUGUGCAUUAAGAAUCUGUUGAACACAGACAGUGGAAUUUACAAGGCAAACUACCGGAAAAAAUGGAAUGAAUCAACUACUACAUAUAGACUAUUAGUGCAGGAUCAUGUUCCCAAACCAGUUAUGGAUGUCACGUCUCUCUUCAACACAAGUGUGGGACUCUGUGACGUCACAGUGAACUGUUCAGUUAAAGAUGGCUGGAUGUUGUCUGUCUGUGGCGGGGGUCAGUGUACACGGUCACAACAGUUACUGUCUCUGUCUGGGGACAACAUCACCAUCUCCAAUGGCAACGGGACUAUCCAAUGCACCACCAGCAACCACGUCAGCACACAGACCAUCUCUCAACCCAUGGAGGACUGUAGUGGUGAGGAUGGGAAAGCCAUUGUGGGUAGUGUUAUUGUUGUAUUAUUAGUUGCUGUACUAUGUGUUGGAUGCAUCAUACAUGCCAGAAAAAGGAAAAUCCCUAAAGAACAACAUUCACUAGAAGAGGACAUUGUUCCAAGAGUUUACAACUCAGUGAACACUUCACCAGGGAGAGAGGCCAGAACCACAGCACUCUCCUGGCCAGAACCACAGCACUCUCCUGUCCAGAACCACAACACUCUCCUGACCAGAACCAUAGCACUCACCUGUCCAGAACCACAGCACUCUCCUGGCCAGAACCACAUCACUCUCCUGACCAGAACCACAGCACUCUCCUGGCCAGAACCACAGCACUCUCCUGGCCAGAACCACAGCACUCUCCUGGCCAGAACCACAGCACUCUCCUGACCAGAACCACAGCACUCUCCUGGCUAGAACCACAGCACUCUCCUGGCCAGAACCACAGCACUCUCCUGACCAGAACCACAGCACUCUCCUGACCAGAACCAUAGCACUCACCUGUCCAGAACCACAGCACUCUCCUGGCCAGAACCACAGCACUCUCCUGACCAGAACCACAGCACUCUCCUGGCCAGAACCACAGCACUCACCUGGCCAGAACCACAGCACUCUCCUGACCAGAACCACAGCACUCACUUGGCCAGAACCACAGCACUCACCUGGCCAGAACCACAGCACUCUCCUGGCCAGAACCACAGCACUCUCCUGGCCAUAACCACAGCCCUCUCCUGCGAUGCACUGUCUACUUCACUGUGAAGAACCAGCACCAGCAGAACACCUCCAAGUUGAAACAGGAAGCGCAUCAUCAGACAUGAGAGUAGAAGCACAGAAAAGGUGGACCUCUGAGGUCACAUCAUACAGUUCAAGACAUUACACAGAAACUGUGGGACUAUUGCACCACCCAGUGGACAUGAAUCAAAUAAUACCAGCAGAGUAAACCUGUGCGCUUCAUUCAUCAACAUGUCAUAAAGUUGUUUUAUACAAAAAUC